AUGUCGUCCUUAGAAAUAAAGAAAAACUACAGGUGCGUCCCGUCGCUGCAGCAAUUCUACACCGGGGGCCCUUUUUCAGUUUCAUCUGACGGCUCCUUCAUUGCUUGCGCAAAUGGUGACGCAAUCAAGAUUGUGGAUUCUUCCAACGCAUCAAUAAAAGCCAACAUAGAGGUUGAUGCAGAUGCUGGUGUCACCGCCUUAGCUCUUAGCCCCGAUGAUAAAUUUCUUUUUUCUGCUGGCCAUAGCAGGCUUAUAAGGGUCUGGGACUUGUCCACUUUCAAAUGCGUCCGCUCUUGGAAGGGCCAUGAUGGUCCUGUGAUGACCAUGGCUUGCCAUGCUUCUGGAGGAUUGCUCGCAACCGCGGGAGCUGAUAGGAAAGUGCUUGUUUGGGAUGUCGAUGGUGGCUUCUGUACUCAUUACUUUAAAGGGCAUAAGGAUGUUGUGACUAUAAGUGUUUCAGUGGAUCUUGAAUCUGAUUUGCUGGAUGGCCACAAUAUGAAUGUGCCUUCUCUGCAUCUUUUCUCUGGAAGUGCUGAUACAACUGUACGAAUUUGGGAUCUUCUAACAAAGAAGUGUGUUGCAACAUUAGAAAGGCAUUUCUCCGCACUGACCUCUAUGGCAGUGUCUGAAGAUGGAUGGACAUUGCUUACCGCUGGAAGAGAUAAGGUUGUAAACUUGUGGGAUCUUCAUGACUAUGUGUGCAAGAUGACUGUACCAACUUAUGAAGUGCUGGAAGGUUUGUGUGUAGUUAAAUCUGGGACUGAGUUAGCUUCAUUUCUGGGUUCAUGCAAUCAACAAAGUGGGAAGAGGAGAGACAGGUCAUCAUCACUUUAUUUUAUCACAGUUGGCGAACGUGGGAUUGUACGAAUAUGGGAUUCUGAACGUGCAGUUAGCUUGUAUGAGCAAAAGUCCUCAGAUGUUACGGUCUCCUCUGACACAGAUGAUUCCCUGAGAGGCUUCACCGCUGCUGUUAUCCUUCCCUUGGAUCAAGGGUUACUUUGUGUGACCGUUGAUCAUCAGUUUCUAUUCUACUCACUCGUUGGACACCCUGAAGAUAAAUUCAAAUUAACUCUUAGCAAGAGGCUUGUUGGGUAUAAUGAAGAGAUUCUUGACAUGAGGUUUCUGGGUGAGGAGGAAAAGUUUCUUGCUGUUGCUACAAAUCUUGAACAGGUUCAAGUGUACGACUUGGAAACUAUGUCAUGUUCCUAUGUAUUGGCAGGUCAUACUGAAAUUGUUUUAUGCCUCGACACCUGUGUAUCAAGCUCUGGAAGGCCAUUUCUUGUAACAGGAAGUAAGGACAACAGUGUAAGGUUAUGGAAUUCAGAGAGCAAAAAUUGCAUUGGUGUUGGCACAGGUCACAUGGGAGGUGUUGGAGCUGUUGCUUUUUCAAAGAAGUGGAAGAAUUUCUUUGUUAGUGGUAGUAGUGAUCGUACCAUCAAGGUGUGGAGUUUUGAUGGUAUCUCAGAUGAUGCCGACCAGCCUAUAAAUUUGAAAUCAAAAGCUGUGGUGGCAGCCCAUGACAAGGAUAUAAAUUCUCUGGCUAUUGCACCAAAUGAUAGUUUAGUUUGUAGCGGUUCCCAGGACCGGACAGCUUGUGUGUGGAGGUUGCCGGAUCUGGUAUCUGUAGUUGUACUUAAAGGGCAUAAAAGAGGAAUAUGGUCAGUAGAGUUUUCACCAGUUGAUCAAUGUGUCAUAACAGCAUCUGGUGAUAAAACAAUAAGGAUAUGGGCUAUAGCUGAUGGGUCAUGCUUGAAAACAUUUGAAGGGCACACAUCAAGUGUGUUAAGAGCAUCAUUUAUUACUCGUGGCACUCAAUUUGUUUCGUGCGGCGCUGAUGGUUUGGUAAAGCUAUGGACGGUCAAAACAAAUGAAUGCAUGGCUACAUAUGAUCAACAUGAGGACAAGGUUUGCAAUGAGGCAUCCUGUGUUGACCGCUUUCAAAAGAAAUGGCAAGGGAAGACAGGGAAUGAAGAGGGUACUCUUGUUUGGGCCUUGGCUAUUGGAAAAAAGAGUGAAAUGUUUGCAACUGGUGGUGGUGAUGCUGUCGUUAAUCUGUGGUAUGAUUCAACUGCUUCAGAUAAAGAGGAAGCUUUCCGCAAAGAGGAGGAAGGGGUAUUAAGAUGUCAAGAAUUGGAAAAUGCUGUGUUAGAUGCCAACUAUAAUAAAGCUAUCCAAAUAGCAUUCGAACUUCGCAGGCCUCAUAAACUUUUUGAGUUGUUUGCCGAACUUUGCAGGAAGAAGGAAGGCAGCAAUCAGAUAGACAAAGCUCUCCGUGUUCUUGGUAAGGAAGAAAUUCAUCUACUUUUUGAGUAUGUACGUGAAUGGAAUACCAAGCCAAAGUUGUGUCACGUUGCACAAUAUGUGUUGUUUGGAGUUUUCAACAUCCUUCCUCCAACAGAAAUUCUUGAGAUUCCUCAAAGCUUGUCUAUUGUGUUUGUGUAUGCAAUCAUAAUCUUGUUGCUUGUUGCAAAAUCCAUGAAUCUAGAUUUUUGGUAUAGUGAAGAUUCUGAGAUAAGAGGCAUCGGGGAACUCCUUGAAGGUCUUAUCCCAUAUUCUCAGAGGCAUUUCAGCAGGAUAGACAGACUCGUGAGAAGCACAUUUUUGCUCGACUACACCCUAAAUGGAAUGUCAGUAAUUGAACCAGAUACUCAUGGUGCAGAAAUGAAAGAAGGUGAUGCUAAGCUUUUAGUAGAAAAUGCUGAUCAAGAGCAAGAAUUGACUUCAGAAAUCUUGAAAGAUAAGGCUCCCUCAAAGAAACGGAAAUCUAACAAAUCUAAAGACAGUUCACGUAAGAAAGUCAAGGGUGCUGCUUACACAAGUGUAGCACCAAUUUCGUUGCAGGCAUAA